ACCGCUAUGCCGGAAGCUGGUUAAUCUCUUUUCUCCUCCUUUACUAAAUCAGCUUCUUACUCAAAAUUGCCCUUUGCAGGGGCAGGAAAAGGGAGAUUAACUAGGUAAGGAAGCACCUUCAGAGAUCAUAAUCUCUUUCCAGUUCUCCCUAAAAACCGUACGUGGGAUUGAAGCAUUAGUGUAAUCCAGACAGGACCCCAGCGACACUUAAAGGACCAUACCCUGAUCUGACUUCUACACAAUUUAGGCAUUAGAGCCCUGCAUCAUGCCUCAUAUUGACAAUGAUGUGAAACUUGACUUCAAGGAUGUCCUGUUGAGGCCCAAACGCAGCACUCUUAAGUCUCGAAGUGAGGUAGAUCUCACAAGAUCAUUUUCAUUCCGGAACUCAAAGCAGAUGUACAGUGGCAUCCCCAUCAUUGCUGCCAAUAUGGAUACCGUGGGUACUUUUGAAAUGGCUAAGGUUCUCUGUAAGUUCUCCCUGUUCACUGCCAUCCAUAAGCACUACAACAUCCAUCAGUGGCAAGAGUUUGCUAGCCAGAAUCCCGACUGUCUUGAGUAUCUAGCUGCCAGCUCAGGCACAGGCUCUGCUGACUUUGAGCAGCUGGAACAGAUCCUGGAAGCUAUUCCUCAAGUAAAAUAUAUAUGCCUGGAUGUAGCUAAUGGUUACUCUGAACAUUUUGUUGAAUUUGUAAAGGAUGUACGGAAGCGAUUCCCCCAACACACCAUCAUGGCAGGAAAUGUGGUAACAGGAGAGAUGGUAGAAGAGCUAAUCCUCUCUGGGGCUGACAUCAUCAAAGUAGGAAUUGGUCCUGGCUCUGUCUGUACAACUCGGAAGAAAACUGGAGUGGGGUAUCCACAGCUCAGUGCAGUGAUGGAGUGUGCAGAUGCUGCUCAUGGCCUCAAAGGCCAUAUCAUUUCAGAUGGAGGCUGCAGCUGUCCUGGGGAUGUGGCAAAGGCUUUUGGGGCAGGGGCUGACUUUGUGAUGCUGGGUGGCAUGCUGGCUGGGCACAGCGAAUCAGGUGGCGAACUCAUUGAGAGAGAUGGCAAGAAAUACAAGCUCUUCUAUGGAAUGAGUUCUGAAAUAGCCAUGAAGAAGUAUUCAGGAGGUGUGGCUGAGUACAGGGCCUCAGAGGGAAAGAUAGUAGAAGUUCCCUUUAAAGGCGACGUGGAACAUACUAUUCAUGACAUCCUAGGAGGCAUCCGGUCUACAUGCACAUAUGUAGGGGCUGCUAAAUUGAAGGAAUUAAGCCGGAGAACUACUUUUAUCCGAGUCACCCAGCAAGUGAAUCCAAUCUUCAGCAAUUCCCAGUAGAACCAAGAAGUCUAACUUUCCUGAGGCAGCAAUAUUGCCACUGGAGCCUCCUGGAGAGGCAGCCCCUGUGGUGGUGGCUGCCUGAUUCAAAUUCCUAAACACUCACACACACAAUGCUACAGCACUACGGAGAGGCGAGAGAGAAGACAUGAGAUCAACAAAUGAGAACCUGGGGACAGUCCCUGAAGAUUAGGAAAAAAGGAUACUGAUCCAUACAGAAAUGGCAGACCUUGGUCUGGAAAAGGAAGGCUGUUGGAAUCAUGUUAACCAGCUUCAUUAAAUGAGAUCAUCAAAUGUCUAAA